AUGAGAGUCCACAGUGGUGAAAAACCAUAUAAGUGUAAGCAUUGCUCAAAAAAAUUUGCUGUUUCUUCAAACCUGAGAGUGCAUAUUAGAAUCCAUACUGGCGAAAAACCAUAUGCAUGUGAAUACUGUUCUAAGAAAUUUACUACAGGUACGGCAAUGAAGAGACAUUUAAGGGUCCAUACUGGAGAAAAACCGUACUCCUGUGAGUGUUGCUCAAUGGCUUUUUCUCAUGUUUCAGCCUUAAAGUCUCAUAUGAAAAUCCAUACUGGCGAAAAGCCAUAUGCAUGUGAAUACUGUUCAAAGAAAUUUUCUGUCGCUUCACUUAUGAAGAGGCAUUUAAGAGUCCAUACUGGAGAAAAACCUUACUCGUGUGACUAUUGUUCAAUGGCUUUUUCUCACUCUUCCAGCUUAAAGAAUCAUAUGCGAGCCCAUGCAGGAGUUUCUCAAGCUGAAGAAUCGAAUUCAAAAGCAUGUACUGGAGAAAAUCUCUAUUCCUGCGAGUUCUGUUCAAAAACAUUUCCUUUUGAGAAAUAUUUAAAGAAUCAUAUGAGAAUUCAUACUGGCGAAAAACCAUAUGUGUGCAAACAUUGCUCUAAGACAUUCUCUUUUCGUACAAACCUGACAGCACAUAUGAGAGUUCAUACUGGUGAAAAACCCUAUUCAUGUGAAUACUGUUCUAAGACAUUUGCUCAAGCUGAAACAUUGAAGGCACAUUUAAGAGUCCAUACUGGAGAAAAACCGUUCUCGUGCGAGUGUUGUCCAAAGACCUUUUCUCAAGGUUCAAUUUUAAGGGCACAUAUGAGAAUUCACACUGGAGAAAAACCAUAUGUAUGUAAUCAUUGCUCAAAGAAAUUUGCUUUUUCUUCAAACCUGAAAUCGCAUAUGAGAGUCCAUACUGGCGAAAAGCCAUAUGCCUGUGAAUACUGUUCUAAGACGUUUGCUCAAGCUUAA